UGUCAAUAUAUACCACUGUGUAUGAGGAAAAUGUUGUUAGGAGGUUCAGACAGGCUGCUUGCGCCACGCCCGUCGCGCGGAGCCCGAGGUGGUCGGCGAGCGCAGCGGCAAGUGCUUGCUGCGAAGAAGGACUCAUCUCCAUGGUCCACGGGGGGCCCGAAGCGGGGCGCCGGCGGGGGCGGAGCCGGGGGCGGCGGCGGCAGCGGAAGCAGCGGGGGCAGCGGCAAGGGUAGCAAGGGCAGCAGCACUGGCGGCAGCAGCAGUCCUUGGAAGGACACGCCGUCACCACGCCAGGGCCUGCCUAGCAAGCCAGCUAAGGCCGGCAGCGGCGGCGCAGGCAGCCGGCUGGGCUCGCGCCUGGCGCCUCCGCCAGAGGUGACCAUCACAGACCCCGUGGAGGUGACGCUGCUGGAUGAGCUCACGCCCAGCGAGAGGGCUGCUGAGCCAAAGUGGGACACGUUCUGUAGCCACAUGAACGGCGAGUGGGUGGGCCAGUACGCGGCAUACACGCCCUGGGAAGGCAAGCCGGAGCCGGCCUGGCUGGACGAGCGGGGCAAGUACAUCAAUGUGGUUUACACACGCGCGCUGGAGCACCGCUUCAAGUACACGCCGCAACAGCCGCAGCAGCAGCUGCAGCAGGAGGAGGGGCAGCGGCAGCAGGGCGAGGCGGCGGCGGGGCAGCAGGGCGACGCGGAGGUGGACGUGGAGUCGGAGGCGGCAGCUGUGGCGCCCAUGGAUGUGCUGCUGCGCAAGCUGGGCAGGUGUACCAAGAUGGCGGCCCUCGCGGACCUGCGGCUGCCGCCUGAGGCCGCGGGGCUGGGCGCCGCCGGCCUGGCCUCCAGCUCCGGCUCGGACAGCGAGGCCGCGGCGGCAGCUGCCGCGGAGGCUGACCUAGAUGUGGAGGCGCUGGCGUUCAACAGCGAUGGCAUUGUGGUGUUUGACGGCGGAAACUACUCGGCCGGGCCUGAGUACAUUGGCCAGCAACAAGUCAAGUACGUGAACGACGAAGCGCUGGAGGGGCUGGAGGACGACGAGGAGGACGACGAGGAGGAGGAGAAGGCGCACAGCGAGCGGGCGGGCAGCGGCGUCGCUGCCAGCACCUCGGCAUCGGCAGCGAGUGGCGGCGACAGGGCAGCGGGCGGCAAGGGCUCCAAGGCCGUCAAGGCCGCCGCCGCGAAAGCGGCUGAUGAUGACGGCAUGGACGACUACCUAGAUGAGCUGUUUGGCCCGGACGAGGACGCGGAGGACGAGGAGGAUGAAGACGGCUCCUCGGUGCUGCCCACCACGACGAGUGUGUUCGAGCAGUGCCUGGUGGACUGGGGCAACCGCACACGCAUGCGCGUCAAGAUGACGCUGCGCAUCGGGCAGAUGGAGAACGGGGAGGUGGACGUGGAGGUCCUCCGCAUCCUGCUGUUCCACGAGCAGUGGCUAGGCCCCGCCAGCGCGGAGCGCCUGUCCGCGCCGCUGGCCGACAUAAAGCUGCUGCAGCGGCCCUGCACCGACCUGCCGCGCAUGCGGCCCGAGCAGAUGCAGGGCGCCUGGAAUGUGUUCACGGUCUCCGCCACCGGCAUUGACGAGGCAGACCCCUUCACAGGCGAGGAGCGGGUGGUUUGGGUGUACAGCAGCACAGAGGAGCAGCAGCUGUGGGACGCGUCGGCGCAGCCGCCGGGCGGCGACGAGGGUGGCUGCUACUGGCUGCCCGGUGGCGUGGUGGUUAGCCUGCGCAUGGUGGACAACUACGUCCCCGCCGACUCGGCUGAGGCACAAGGCGACGGCUCCUCAUCCUCGGAGGACGAGAGCGCUUCCGGAGGCGUGGGCAGCAGGCAGGAGCGGAAGGGGCAGGAGCACGCGGUCAGCAACGGGAAUGGGAAUGGGAGCGGCAAGGCCGCGGGGGCGCGCGAUUAUCCGCGCGGGUUGUGCCUGGGCAUGUUGUGGUCGUGGCGGGAGGGCAGUGUGUCGCAGGUGGAGCGGGAGUACGACGGGUACGGCUACCUGCGGGAGGUGCGGCUGGGGCAGGCGGUCAAGGGCGGCUGGAGUGGCGGCCGCAUGUGAGCAGGGGGAGGGAGAGGGCGGAAGGUGUUGGGUGGCAGUACGACGGCGUGUGCGUACGUCAAAGCGGUGGAUUGCGGAUGUGGGGUUCAGGUAUGAUUGCGGGUUGGAGAGGACCCACCGUUUGGAGCCUGCUUGUCUGGCUGGGAGUUGCGGAAAGCGGCUUUGACUGGCGUUGCAACGAGUUCAUCAGGGUGCCGUGGCAGCAACAAUAAUGAUCUGGUGAACCUGACUUUAAAACGCUGCGAGCCCUUGAAUGUACUGUUGUGUUGCGUUGGCCUUGGCUAGUUUGUUUUGAAGCAGCACCUGAUGAUGAACCACUCUGCUACUUAUGAUGGGUAUGGUCGUGGCAGGGUCUUGGCGCCAUUGUUGCGGGACUCACUAGUGAUGGAUCUUGCACGUUACACGGCUCUGAGAAUCUGACCCGUGA